AUGAUAAAGAUAAAAUCAUUAUUUAAAGAUAGUAAAGAUGUAUCUGCUAAUUUAAAUGAUGAUAUAUGUAGAAUAUCUACUCUUUAUAUCAAUAGUAAUAAUAAUAAUAACAACGAUAAUGAUAGUGCAACGACGAUUAUAAAUAUUUAUCAAUAUGUAUUAAUUGAUUUACCUCUUGUUGGUAAUAAUGAUAAACUUUUAAUACAAUUACAUCCACUCUUUAAUAAUAAUAGUAAUAGUGAUAGUAGUUAUAAUUCAAUAUUACCAUCAUGGAUAUUAGAUAAUAUAAUCAAGCAAGAUCAAGAAAAAGAACAGUAUUUAUUUAAUAACAAUGUAUUACAACUUGAUCUUUAUCCAAUCACUCCUCCUCCAUCUUCUUCUUCUUCCUCAUUAUCUUAUUCAAAUGCUUUAAUAAUAAUAGAAAUUGAUUAUAUUCAAGAUCAUUCACAAAGUGUUUAUAAUAUUGAUAGAUUUAAUAUACUUGAUAGAGAUUCUUCUUUAUCAUCUAUAAAGAGAUAUUUAUUAGAUAAACCUAUUCUAAACAAUGUAAUGAUUAGAUUAAAUAUAAUGGGUAUACCAUUUUUAAUUAAAAUUGAAAAGAUAUUAAAACAACAACAAAAAGGUUCAAACAACUAUGAAGAGUUCAAUGUCAAUGUAAAGGAACCAAUUUAUUUAAAUUGUGAAUCAAAGAUGAUGAUAAGAUUAAAAACAAAUACAAAAGAAAAGGAACAAGAGAAUAGAGGAAAACAAAAGAAAUUAUUAUUUGACAAGGUCAUUCAUUUGGAAGAGGAAAUGAAAGAAUUGAAUUCUAUAUUGACUAUAAAAUUUGAUGUCGGUCGUCAACACAAUAAGGGUGGUACAACAAAUUUAUUGACAAAGACAAUAAGAGAUUCAUUAAGAGGUGUUAUGGUGGUUGGAGAACAAGGUACUCAAACUUUGGAAUUAAUUCAAUAUGUUUGUAAUUAUCCAACGACAACAGUAAUGGAUAAACCAUUUAAAUUGGUUUAUAUAGAUUCUGGAUUUUUGGAAAAAUCUCAAAAUGAUAGACCUACAAUUGACACGUCAAUCAAUACUAUAUUUAUAUUUGAUGGUAUUGAUAUUUCAUUUGGUAGAGGUGAAUCUUCGUCGUCGUCGAGUCAAGAUAGACAAUCACCAUUAUUAUUAAAACUAUGUAGUUUUAUAGAUUCAUUAUUAAACAAUCAAAUGAUUAUUUGUACAUCUAGAUCAAUAGAAAAUGUUAAUCAAUUACUAUUACGUGCUUCACGUAUUGAUAGAUUCAUUAAAAUUUCAAUUCCAUCACAACAACAAAGAUUCACCAUUUUAAAAUCAUUGAUUAAAAAUAAUUACAAUGACAAUGAAAUUAAUAAUAAUAAUAUAUGUCAAGAAUUAUCAAUUCAAACACCUGGAUUUAUUUAUAGAGAUUUAUAUAAACUAUUUUCAACUACAAUAUUGACAAAAUUAUCCAGUCAUAAUAAUAAUCAAAAUAAUAAUAAUUUAGAAUUAAUGGAUUUUAUAAAAAUAAUUUCAACGAUUACACCAUCAACAAUGACACAUUUUGAUGUUUUAAAAAUCAAUAAUAAUAAUAAUAAUAACCCAUGGGAAUCAGUUGGAGGAUAUAGUGAAAUUAAACAAAGAUUAAUAGAAAUGAUAGAAUGGCCAUUGAUUCAUGCAAAGACAUUUUCUAAUCUCUCUUUACAACCUAGUUCUGGUGUCAUUUUGUAUGGUCCAUCUGGAUGUGGAAAGACAUUAUUGGUUAGAGCUGCUGCCGCAAAGAUGAAUGUCAAUUUCAUAUCGAUCAAGGGAUCGGACAUUUUCAGCAAAUGGUUGGGUGAGAGUGAAAGAAUCAUUCGUGAUAUUUUUGCUCGUGCUCGUCUGUCGUCACCGUGUAUAUUGUUUUUUGACGAAAUCGAUUCUAUAUGUCUCUCUAGAUCACAUAUGGAUGCUGGUGAAGGUGGAAGCAAUGUGCAGAGUCGUAUACUUAGUCAACUUUUAAAUGAAAUGGAUGGUAUCCAAAUCAAAUCACAGAUAUUUUUCAUGGGCUGUACCACCCGAUUGGAUCUUGUCGAUGCAGCGUUGCUUCGUCCAGGUAGAUUUGAAGCUCAACUCUAUGUUGGUUUGCCCACCCAAGAUGACCGUCGUGAUAUGAUUGGUCGCGUCAUUGCUAGUAGGAUGGCUUUUGAUCGAGAUUUGGAUUUGGAUAGGUUGGUCGAAUUGACAGAUGGUUAUAGUGGUGCUGGCAUACAAUAUCUUUGUAAUCGGGCUGGUCUUGGUGCGCUGCAGUUGGAUAUUGCUGAAAAGUUCAUUAAAAAUGUUCAUUUUGAUAAGGUUUUAAAUAAUAAAUAA